AUGACCACAAAGGGAUCUCGCAAGAGAGUGAAAGCCAGCCCCUCUGGCGCGGACUCACUAUCCCCCGCGUCUCCGAACAAUGCAGCCCGAGACCGCUCAGACUCCCAGACACAGAGCCGUAUGAGCUGGUACCCAGGAUCAUGGUCGGCUAUCUCGCGUACGUCCAAGGCAGCUCCAGUUACCGAGGUUGCCCGUGAGAGCAUAUCGGUCGCGCAAAACGUAGCUUCCAGCGUUGUGAACUCCUCAGCCUCUCUUCUCGACACACCCAGACAAAACCGCCAUCCUUCGAUACAGUUGACCAAGAAAGCCGGCGCAUCGACUAGAUCUCUCCCUGCCGACGUUACCACGACUCGAGUUAAUAUUGCGUCGGACGGUUCAGCUUCUACAACAGCGUUGGAUACCCUUGAGACACCUGUAGCUGCAGAAACAACGCCGAAUCAAGAGACACCGGAACCAAAUACUUUGAAACCUCUGGAAAAAUCAGUGGAAGGAGAAGAGCCGAUCGUUGAGAACGUUGGGACUGAGCCCACUACUCCACAAGCAACCCAAGCGCCAACUGAGCAGUCUGUCGGAUGGUUCUCAUGGAUAUAUAGGUCAGGGCCAACAGAAAAGGACAAGCCGAGUGGUCCGGAAUCUGCAGCAGAGGCAGAGACAUCUGUUGAGAACCAAACUGCUAAGCAAGCCGAACCCCAUCCAAUCGUGGCGGACACCAGUGGAGCAGAAGUACAACAGAAUCACGAGCCGGAGCAAACAUCAGCGCAGGGUGGAGAUACAAUCGAAACGACCCCAACGGCUCAGAAACGGUCGUGGCUACAGAUGUGGUACGGGGUGGGUCCAGCAAAUAAGCAGGAGGAACAGCUUGCAACGGAGCCAUCACAGGGAGACACUAGUGCAUGCAAGGAUCAAGACUUGGAUAUGGCGCCGAAAGACCCUUCAGAACGGCCAGAAGAUGCGCCUCAUAUUCCGCAGACCACUGCUGGAACAACGAAGUCCUCGGGUUGGUCUUUCUGGUCUAAAGAUACUGCCAAGGAUGCUACGCCAGGUAAACUUCAAGAAGUCGAAGCUGUGGAAGCGACAGUGACAUCGGAUACAACAACAGCCCAACCGACAUCACUUGAGCCAACCCCCGAGACUAAUGUCAAUGUCACCAAGAAGGGAAGCUUGAAAAUCAAACCAUCCAAGGAUGGCCGUACGAAAGACGGAACUGUGUCCGCCGUUGAAGCUACCACUAUUCCAACACCACCCGUCGAGCCGAGACCAGCCGAUGUUACUGCAUCAAAGACAUUACAAAGAAUCCUGCCUAAUCAAGUACUUCCAAAAUUCGAAGAUACAUUUGCAAUGGAGGAGUCACCAUCGUUGCUGCAGAGUCUCGGCCGGUUACUACAUUACACCAAGGGCCCGGAGCAUAAUCAUGUUUCCCGAAUUAAAGAACCUCCUCGAAUUAAACGCGCCCUGGCCAUCGGCGUUCAUGGGUAUUUUCCUGCUCCGUUGAUUCGGAGCGUGCUUGGACAGCCUACGGGAACAUCUAUCCGAUUCUCGAACAUGGCCACGGAGGCUAUUCGAAAAUACACGGCAGAUCAUGGCUAUACCUGUGAGAUAGGCAAGAUCGCGCUGGAAGGCGAAGGCCGUAUCGCAGAGCGGGUCGACUUAUUGUGGAAGCUCCUUCUCAACUGGAUGGAAGAAAUUCGCAAGGCCGAUUUCAUCCUAGUGGCGUGCCACAGUCAAGGAGUCCCAGUGUCAAUCAUGCUUGUUGCGAAGCUGAUUUCCUUUGGCUGUGUCAAUGCUUCCCGCGUGGGAGUUUGUGCUAUGGCUGGUGUGAACAUGGGUCCAUUCUCUUCUUACCGUUCCCGGUGGAUCAGUGGAUCUGCUGGAGAGCUGUUUGACUUUGAACUACCCUUCAGCAAGGUCUCCAAAGAAUACGAGACUGCUUUGAAGCGCGCUCUUGAUUUCGGAGUUCGUAUAUCUUAUAUUGGAAGCAUUGACGAUCAGCUUGUUUCCUUAGAGUCUUCCUUAUUCUCCACGGUGGCUCACCCAUACAUCUACCGCUCUGUGUUUGUAGAUGGCAGGGUCCAUGCUCCAAGCUUCCUCUCCCACCUUGUUGGCUUUGCUCUUAAACUACGCAACCUCGGUAUUCCAGAUCACGGCUUGAUCCGUGAACUAAGCAGUCCAUUGGCCGGCAGUCUAUACACAGGCGAGGGACACUCCCGUCUGUACGACGACGAAGCCGUUUACUACAUGGCUAUCCAAUUUGCUCUCGAAACAUCCUCCGUCCCAGACGCCAAAUUGAGCAUCAAACGAUCCAGCCCCGCCGUUUCCCCGAAUCCAUAUAUCCUGCCCUUCGCGAUGCGCGGUCUCCUCGAAGAGGAAUACGUCAGGCGCGUGCUACACGAAGAAACUAUGGAACUACUUCGCCAAUUCGAUGACUGGAAGCCGUCGAGUAAGGUCUUGAAGGAUGUCAAGUUUCGACUCGAGGGUAUCCGGUCGAAGCUGUAA